AUGUUGAUUUCCAGCCUCAAGCCUGAGGAAUAUGCCCUUGCCCUGUCCAAGCUUCAGAGCCUGGGCCUCCCCAUCAUCUCAAACAAGGCACCAUUAUGUUCCAUGACUGGAGUCAUGGGCCUCAACAUCCCAAUGGAUGAGGUCAACCACACCACCAAGGUCCUCAAGGGCGCCUGGCAAGCCAGGGCCAUCCACAUAGCCAACAAUGGAGAUUUCACAGUCAUCACACUGGAUGCUCUCAUCACAUACCUCAAGCACAAGGGAGUCAUCCUCAACCCCAUGCACACCUCCCUGAGCAUGGUGGUCCCCAGCACAUGGCUGCUCCUCCUCAAUGACAUGGCAGCUGCUGAGGCUAUCUGCACUCUUUGUCAUGUCAUUCUCCUUGGCAAGGAACUGGACAUCAGCCCAUGGAAAGAUGGGUACACCCAAGGCAGCAACCAGGUGUACAUCCAGGGGCUGGCAGAGAUCACAUCCUGCCAUGCCGUCAUGGAGUUCCUGCGCCACAGGUGUGUACCUGUCACUGAUCACUUCUUCAGCCAGCUCAUCAAUGGCAGAAUGGCCCUGUGGAUGACCAUUCAGUUCAAGUUGGCCACAGGCAUGAACAAGGCCCUGGAGCUCAAUGGUAGAAAAUCCUUCAACAGGAAGGCCAUUGCCAUCAUCAAAUCUAAGAUGGUGGAAGAGUGA